CACUGAGGUCAGCCUGUGCCCUCAGAGUCCAGCCCCCAGGUCCUCUCCCCAACUAUAAGAGCCCCUGACUCAAGUAGGUUGCUAAGCGGUAGGCAGCCAUGGCCAAGUUACAUCUGCAGUGGCUACUGCUCCUUCCUACACUCUGCAGCCUAGGCGCAGCUACAGAGUCGGCCUCGUCCCCGGAUUGUGCACAAGGCCCUAAAUUCUGGUGCCAAAGCCUGGAGCAAGCGAUACAGUGCAGAGCCCUGGGGCACUGCCUACAGGAAGUCUGGGGACAUGCAGGAGCUAAUGACCUGUGCCAAGAGUGUGAGGAUAUUGUCCACCUCCUCACAAAGAUGACCAAGGAAGACGCUUUCCAGGACACGAUCCGGAAGUUCCUGGAACAAGAAUGUGAUAUCCUACCCUUGAAGCUGCUUGUGCCCCGGUGUCGCCAAGUGCUUGAUGUCUACCUGCCCCUGGUUAUCGACUACUUCCAGGGCCAGAUUAAACCCAAAGCCAUCUGCAGUCAUGUGGGCCUGUGCCCACUUGGGCAGACUAAGCCAGAGCAGAAGCCCGAGAUGCUGGAUGCCAUUCCAAACCCUCUGCUGAACAAGCUGGUCCUCCCUGCGCUGCCAGGAGCCUUCUUGGCAAGGCCUGGGCCUCACACACAGGACCUCUCUGAGCAACAGCUCCCCAUCCCUCUGCCCUUCUGCUGGCUUUGCAGGACUCUGAUCAAGCGGGUCCAAGCUGUGAUUCCCAAGUGCCUGGCUGAGCGUUACACAGUACUUCUACUAGAUGCACUGCUGGGUCGUGUGGUGCCCCAGCUAGUCUGUGGCCUGGUCCUCCGAUGUUCCACUGCAGAUGCCAUUGGCCCAGCCCUCCCUGCUCUGGAGCCUCUGAUUGAAAAAUGGCCACUGCAAGACACUGAGUGCCAUUUCUGCAAGUCUGUGAUCAACCAGGCCUGGAACACCAGUGAACAGGCUAUGCCACAGGCAAUGCACCAGGCCUGCCUUCGCUUCUGGCUAGACAGGCAAAAGUGUGAGCAGUUUGUGGAACGGCACAUGCCCCAGCUGCUGGCCCUGGUGCCUAGGAGCCAGGAUGCCCACACCUCCUGCCAGGCCCUUGGAGUAUGUGAGGCCCCGGCCAGCCCUCUGCAAUGCUUCCAAACCCCACACCUCUGAGAACCCAGGCUCCAGCAACCUGUACCAAAGGACCACAAGUCUCAGCCUGCACCCCCAGCCCUGUGCCAGCCUGUAUGUCCCAGCUCUAACCACAGCCCAACAACACCACCAGAGUGGUUUCUGGCUCCUCUGAUGAUGAGGUGCAGCAGAACCAUGUCCUCUAGAAGCCUUCAGAGGGGGCUUCAGGCCUUCACCCCCACCAGAGCCAAGCCCAGCUCCAACAGCUCCUACAGCCCCAGGACUGAAAAGAAACUGUCGUGGGUCCACAGAGAGUGGGUAGAAGUGGGGCUAGCCACAGCAACCCCUUGCUAACACUUCUGUGAAAUUCGAACUUCAGAUGAAUAAACACUGGAAACACA